AUGGCAAGUUUUGAAGAAUCCCUCAAUAAAACUAGAGUACUAACUACUAGAAAUGAGCCACCGGAAACGGACCUUAAUUAUUAUGCUAAGCCUGAAAACUACACGGGUAGUAGUCUGGCGGCAAUGCAGAGACUUAUCCACGCCCAACAAAAGCAAGAAGAAAUGCGGCGACGACAAGCGAAGAAGAAUGGACCGUUCCGGAAGAAAAAUCAUUUUCAGAAAACAGCCAUUUUGCUCAAUUUUCUCGCGGAAACAUCUGGGAAGAAAAAUGAGAAAAACAACUAUCCGAGAAACAAACCAGGCAACCGCUCGAGAAGCAAUAGCAAAGAUAGUAAAUCAGUUAUGGAAGCUAGUCAUCCUGAAGAUAUCAUUAUAAAUGAACCAAAUUCUGAGAGACUUCCUGUUAUUGAUAAUGAACCAAAUACUCUUAUAAAAAAUAAUCCUACGUCUUCAAAUGACGGCAUCAUAACAAACUCUUUUCGCCGCAACAGAAGGUCGUCUCUAGCGGAGUCUUUCGCUUCUUCCACCAAGGGACCAAAACUUAAACGUGAGCCAAGUAUAUCACUGGCGGAUGAUGCCAUAACGCUGUAUUCAGAACGCUCUGAUACACAGGAUAGUGUAUCAGUCACUGAAAGACGACGUAGUUUACGUCAUAGUGCUACUGGACGUAGGCGACAGAGCAGCAAAACGCAAUCUGGCCCUGUAACAAUCGCUGUAAGCAUUGAGGUGAAAAAGAGAGUGGCACGAGCGCGCUUUAAAUGGGCAAUACGAAUGGUCACAAUCCUGUUAAAAUGGGUGUCUGUCAUGCUGCAGAAAAAGCAGAGUGAUGAAGAAGAGGACAAUACUUACACGAAGGAAUCUGGCGAUAAGAAGAUGACGACGUUUACGGAUUUGGCGUCCGACGCCUAUACCGUACAACCCGACGAUUUGAACAACUCAUCGUUGGCGUUUGAUCCUGCGUACUUCAAGGCUAAACGUGAGGUGAACAUCAGUAACGAAGUAAAGUACAUUUUGAGUCUUCCCCCAUUUGCAAGAACACAGGAUCAGCUGCAAACAGCGUUGUAUGGUCUUCAACAUCUACGAUCAUUUGCAGAGUAUCCGCUUCAUAUGCAAGAAAAACUUUGCAAAGUUGCCUGGUUUUCACAAGUGCCACCAAAGCGUGUUAUUAUCAGGCAAGGCCACACUGCGGAGAACUUCUAUUUCAUCUUAUCAGGGCAGGCUGUUGUGAGUAUACUUGAAGUGAACCCAAAAACCAAGGAGCCCAAUAUGAGGACCGCUACUGUCAUGAGAAAGGGAAUGAGCUUUGGGGAACUUGCACUGUUGCAUCAUUCGAAACGAACAGCUACCGUUGUAAGCCAGGACUUCGUUCAGUUAUUAGCCGUAGGAAGGGAUGACUUCUUUGAUAUCUUCAUGAGUGGACAAGGCCCUGGAGAAAUACCAGAACACGUGAAAUUCCUUAAAGGUGUAGAAUUCAUGAAAGGCUGGCCUAUAGAGACUCUCGAAGAACAUCCCGAACAAUGUCUCUUCCAUUUCUUUAAAAGAGGCGUCGUUGUGGUGAGGGACAGUCUCAACUCAGAGUGGAUAUACGUCGUUAAGUCCGGUACGUGCCAAGUAAUGAAGGAGCUGAAACAAGUGACGGGAACAGUGGGACUCAAAAAGAAGAUAACUCUAGCUGGACUGGAUAACAAUCUCCCCCAGCUUGGAACUUGUGAACAAGUUCCUAAAAUAGAUAAUGGGCGACCGCAUCAAAGGAGGAACACAUGUCCCAUAGUUCCCGCAUCUGCCCUAAGAAGUGCAAUAACUGGUUUUGAGGAUUAUAUGCUAGAAAUGCAGAUAGCAAAUGUGCCGAACUCUCUGCCAGCCAUAAAUGACGAACAGUCCCUCGUUGGGAGUGUUGAACACAAGCAGCCAGACCACGAUGGAGGAAAAGAAAAGAAAGUCAAAUUUGAGGAUGACAAACCCAUUAUUAAACUUCAAAAAGAAAGUCUUCAAGCUACAGAUGAUAAAAAGGUUCGAUCCCCAACAAAGUCACCAAUCAGGUUACGAGCUGGCAGCUUCAAUAGCGUGACGUCAUCUAGUGACGCAACAUCGAGAAGUAGUAGUCCAGGCGAGAGUCGGUCACGUGCUCCGAUAUUUGUCCAAGUGGAAUUGUUAACUUCUCGAGAUGUUUUCGGCCUUUCAAAUCUGUUCGACAUCGAAGAUGGUCUUGAUAUACCGAAAACAAGCGUCAGUCUGAUAAGUCGAGGAGCAGAAUGCGUUAUGAUUAACAAAGACUUUUUUAUGAAACAUGCCUCGGACGAAAUUAAACGUCAUCUCCGGGGACUCAUUAACAUUUACCCGGAAGAAGAGACUUUACAAGAAAAUCUACAGAUAAAAGCUGAUUGGGAUGUAUAUAAAAAGCAGCUUAUUAGAACAAUGACUGAAAAUAGUCCUAGUUCAAGGUGACAGGACUUUCUUGCCGGGACUACUUUUUGUCAUAUUCUCACUUUGUUGAUUAUUUGUUUUUAUUUUAAUAAAUGGAUACAUUUUGAUUCAUUUAUAAAUACCAUAUAGCUUUCAGUUUCAUCCUUUCCAUUUGGCAAAAUACAGUUUCAAAUAGAUUACAAUGGGACAAAUUGAUCUUGACUGUCUUGACUAGAGGGAGUUCGCUUGACUAGAAAGACUACACUCCAAACAUCCAGUUGUGUUAUACAAGUUUGGUCGCAUAUUUAUU